GAAAAUGGGUGGGUAUAAUACUAGACGAGCCCAAAGGGAAGAACAACGGCACGGUUCAGGGGGAACGCUACUUUAUAUGUGAGGAAAAUUUUGGGAUAUUUGUGCGCCCAUCUCAGCUUACUCUUCUAGAUGGUCCGGAAAGAUCAGACGUGAUGAAGUUAUCCUCAUCUAGCGUUGUUUCCGAAUCAGGUGCCACUUCAGAAUCAAAGGAAGUUACAAAACUUGCUGGUUCGACAUCUUCGUUGUCUGUAGGAUUGAAAACUCCUGAGACAGUUAAAGUUCCAUCAGAAAUUGAAAAGACAUCACAACUUCCACCAACUGGAUCUAAUCCAGACCUUGUACGAAGUAGUCCAGCUCCAACAUCAACAGCUUUAAAACCUGAAACUGCCUCUGCAAAAAUUGAAAGUCCUUCUAGUAAGCCUUCUGCGGAUAAACCUGUUGCAGCAGAUGUUAUGAAGUCCAGUGACAUAAUGAGUAAAUCUUACACACAAAUUUCAAAAUCGGAUAGUCCGACUCGUAAGAUGAUAAGUGGGAGUAAACUCCCCACUUCUACUACCACUACUACAUCAACACCGCCUAUCCCUUCUGGUAUUAAAAUGCCAAUAAAUCCUUCGGAAAUAUCACAAACAAUAGCAGCACUUAGUGAUGUAAAAGCGGCUGCGCAGAAGGUGGAUUCUGAAAAUGCACCAAGUGAACUUAGAGAUACGUCUCAAAAAAUACCAAAAACAUCUGUAUCAGCUGUUCCAAGUGGUACUGGUAAGUACAUCCCAGACACAGAGUUGGAACUGGCAAGUCCACGUGCUGAAGUAAUCGAAUUUCGUGAACAAAUUGAUGCUUUAAAAGCUAAACGGGAAGAAGAUAAAAAUAGAAUACAAGAAUUAGAACGUGUUAAAAUUCAGCUGUCACAAGUUGAAGAGAAUCGACGUCGAAUCCGACAACAAGCAGCUGAAUUACAACGUGAAAUUGCUCAAUUAAAAACAGAAAAAGCUGAAGUCAAAGAAGCAUUUGAUCGUUAUCGUGAAGAAGUAUCUGAAAUGGUUGAAAAUAUAGAAAUGAUCACUUUAGAUAAAGAAAUGACCGAAGAAAAACUAGAAAGAUUGACUGGAGAAAUUGAAUUACUUAAGGAACAAGUAGAAGAAUUAACUCUUGAGAAUCAAAUCUUGAAAGAAGAAUUUGAAGAAAAAGUAUCAGUCGGUGUUGAAGGCGGUCCAACUCUCUUACAGUUUAAAAAUCUUGAACAACAAAAUGAACGAAUGAAAGGAGCACUGGUCAAGCUACGUGAUUUGGUUAAUCAAGAUAAAUCGGAAAUUUCAGCUUUAACUAAACAGAUUACAUCUUUAGAAUCAGAAGUUAGUCAACUUCAAACAGAAAAAGAACGAUUAACAAAAAAUUUAAAAGAUAGUGUUGAACAAAUUAUUGAAUUAAAAGAACAAGUGGAUGCUUACCUCGGCAUUGAUACAAUGGUCAGUCAGUUGACACAACGUAAUUUAGAACUGGAAGAAACGCUUGAGAAAAUUAAAGAAGAAAGAAAUGAUCUGCAAGUAAUAGAUGGAGAAAAGUCUGGUGUGUUUUGUAGACAGACAAACACUAGUAAUAUAAAUGAUUCUGUAUUCCUUAGUCCAUCGAAUAACAACAGUAUGAACAAUAUUCGCCGUGGUAUCGAUGAUGCUAACAAUAAAACAACUGGAACAAUGAAUAGAACUCCGAAUAGAGAUAUGGGUGGAUUGAAGCCGCCAUCAUUAAAUGCUGGAAUGGAUUCUGGCAAUAAUAUGCUUACAGACAAACCAGUAGGUAGUAGCAUUGGCAGACAUAAUUCAAUGCGAUCGUUGGCUGCAUCUAAUCGACCAACAAGUCUAUCAAGAACAGCAAGUGAACAAGUAGAAGAAUUAACUCUUGAGAAUCAAAUCUUGAAAGAAGAAUUUGAAGAAAAAGGAGAUAAAUUACUAGACAUUGCGUUCCUAGUUACUUAUUGCAUUCUACGUUGUUAUCUCUCUUUCUCUUUCUUGUGGAAAAUACCCGGUGAAGUAUCAGUCGGUGUUGAAGGCGGUUCAACUCUCUUACAGUUUAAAAAUCUUGAACAACAAAAUGAACGAAUGAAAGGAGCACUGGUCAAGCUACGUGAUUUGGUUAAUCAAGAUAAAUCGGAAAUUUCAGCUUUAACUAAACAGAUUACAUCUUUAGAAUCAGAAGUUAGUCAACUUCAAACAGAAAAAGAACGAUUAACAAAAAAUUUAAAAGAUAGUGUUGAACAAAUUAUUGAAUUAAAAGAACAAGUGGAUGCUUACCUCGGCAUUGAUACAAUGGUCAGUCAGUUGACACAACGUAAUUUAGAACUGGAAGAAACGCUUGAGAAAAUUAAAGAAGAAAGAAAUGAUCUGGAAGCUCUUUGUGAAAUGAAUGAUGAAUUGCAAGAGAAUAGUCGUCAAACAAAACUUGAACUACUUGAAGAAAUUGAACGAGCCAACAGUCAAAUUAAUCAACUUGUACGUCACUUAGAUGCGACACGUGAAACAAUUGCAGACUAUGAACAAACUCUUGGUAAAUUUAGAGAUUUAGUCUCUGAUUUACAAACACAAAAUACUGAUCUACGUAGGUCAUUAGCGGAUGAAAAACGCCUACAGGAAGAACAACAGCAACAAAAUGCCUAUCGUACAGUUGCAACAGAUCUUGUCGGUUCUACAGCUGCAUUUAUGGGGGGUAAAUUCGGAUUAGGCUCUCAAGUACAAACUCUUGCUAAAGUAAUUGAAGCUGAAUUAAGACGCCUUGAAGCAGAACAAACUGCAAAUCAUGUGACGCGGUUAUCUGCUUUCUUACCUGACUCAUUUCUCCGAAGUGGUGGCGAUAAUGAGGCAUUACUUACACUUUUGUUAAUCGACCGACUAGCUGGGAAAUGCGAUCUGCUGGCUAAUCAUCUUGUUGAACGUUAUCCAUUGCCUCCUUGUGUUCCGGGUCAAGCACCACUACAGAUGUCUCAAGGUGAAACCAGUACUACUACUGCUGAUAAUCCAACUGAAGUUGUCAGCGGAAUUUGUAUUCCUGGUACUGAUAAUCCACUGACUAAAACACAAUCAGAAUUCUAUAGUUUUAUAACUAGACUAAUUCAUCUACUCCGGUCAAUGGCUUCUUUGUUAGGCCAGUGUAAACAGAAAUUUGAACAAACCCUUGAUGCACUUCGAGCGGAUAUUGAAGCUUUAGAGCAUGAAAAAGCAGAACUUGAAGAGAAAUUGGAGACUUUAAGUAAAAAUGCCGUAUUCGAAGGAAUCAAUAAAACUCCAUUGGUCACUGAUCAAACUGCAUCUAAGGGUCAGACUGCUACACCUGAAACUCCUUCAGUUGGUAAACAAACUUCUGUUGAGUGUGCAUCACCUUCACCUGGUCCUGCACGUCUAGCUGCCUACAGAGAUGCUUCAUUCAUGUCAAUGGAGAUUAAAGGCCUUCGCGAAGCUGUCCGACGUUUGUCUUCUGAGGUAUCUAAGCUACGUGGUGAAAAAAUGUUUGUGAGUUUACUAAAUUUUGUUUUUCUUCUAACGGAUAAAUGA